GGUCUUUCUUGUUCAAUAAAAGUAGUAGUGAAUAGGAACAAACAAAGAAGAAAAAUAUGCCUCGUACUGCCACAUUGGAGUCCCCUGAUUUCCCUUCUCUUAGAGCUUUAACUUUUGACAUUCUUGGAUUAAUCAAAGUUAUUGAAGCAAAGGGUGAGCAAAAGGAAGCUCCUAAGGUGGUGGAGAGAUGGGGGGAGCCUGAUGCUUCAAGGUGUGUUCUUGCCACGUCAAUUAUAGACCGCCAAUUUGACCCUCUUCUAGGUGUAGCAAGAAGAAAUGGCUUGAUUGAGGUGCUUAUUCCUGUCAAUGGAAAUGUUUGUGCAUCCAUUUCAAAUAAAAAUCAAAGUGAUAAAAUAUCUGAAGAUAAUUCUGUUAUCGGCUUGCAUCUAUUCAGAAAAGAGAGGCAGGACUCAUCAUCAAGGUCAUGUACCCUGCUUACGUGCACAAUAAAAGGACAAGCAAGCAUGAAGUGUGUUAAAAUGUCAAAAUCAUCUGAAGAUUUUGGUGUUAAAGGUACACAAACGGCAUGGAAUGUUAGUGGUUCAGGCACCAUUUUGUGCUCCAAGGUUGACGCAGAUGAAAACUAUGCAUUGUUUGUUGGGAAGGGCGUUGAGGUUAAUGUAUGGGAUCUGAACCAGUGUGCUAAAUUUGGACUGCAAAAUCUCCAGCAAAAAAUAGCCUUGGUAUAUUCACCCCAACUUGGUUUACAUCUGCAACUUUCUUGUGCAAAGAUGACCACCGCAAAUUUGUUGCAGGCACGAACAGUCACCAGGCUAUGUUUCUACCAAACAGUAUAUGAAGGAGGACCUGGUUGUGUACCAGUUUCCUUACGCAGUGCAGUGCAAGAAUCAGCGCAGUGCACAGAGAGCAGAUUACAAACCAGGUUUCUAUCUGGUUUUGAAACAGUUUGA